AUGUUUUCUACUAAAAAACGACUAAUUGAACGCACUGGUUACAAUAAUACAGGUCGUUAUGAUUAUUUAAAAUUAUUAUCCACGGAAUUCAAAACAUCAAAGUCCAGAGAAGCUAGAAAACAAGUAUUAGCAAAUUUAUCAAAUUUCGCAUAUGACCCAGUUAAUUAUGAUUACAUGCGACAAUUAAGAAUAGUUGAUUUAUUUUUACAUGUACUUUCUGAGUCUGAUAAGGUUUUUGUACAAUAUGCAAUUGGAGGUCUUUGUAAUUUAUGCUUAGAUCCAAUAAAUAAGGAAUAUAUAAUCCGCAAUCACGGAGUACAGUUAAUAAAACCACUUCUUUCAUCAAAUGAUGAACCAUCUCUGCUAUCAGCGAUUACUACGCUAAUGUUUUUAAUCACAGAAACAUUUAGAGCAGAAAUAAUAACACCGGAAUUGAUAAACCAACUAGUUACUUUAUCUCAUUCGUCAAAUAACCGCGUUAAAAAUUUAGCGACCAUUUUUUUACAAGACUACUGUGGUUUUAAUGAUACUGAAACCUCUGCAGUAGCUAGUACAUCAACUGGAUAA